AGGUAGGAGGUGUCACGUUAGUUACUAAGUGAGGAAGCUGAGUGAGUGGAGGUGUGUACUGGGAGCUGUGAGCUGCACUGGUGUCCUUUCCUGGGAAGUAGCGUGCACAAAGAUAUAUUGUGUUUACAGGUGGCCACGGUAGCUUUCUGGAGGCUGUGAGCAGGGAUCCUGAGCCCACAGAUCCAGAAUGGCAGUCCUCGCUUCCCCCAACGCUGAACAGGGGUACAUCAAGACGGUCUUGAGCAAGGACCAUUUUAUGGACCUAGAUAGCUCCAGUCUGGCACUACCAUCUGAAGAUAAGCUGUCAAUUAGCCGUCAAGACCUGGAGAAAGCCAUGAGGAUCCAACAUCAGGUCCAGCUCACCAUGGCAAGGAAGACUAACAAGAAGAACGUGGCUAACGGAACAAUUUACCAGGCAGUGAGUUUCCCAGACCAGGGGCUUCACAACACAACCCUGCACAGGGACACCAUAAGAUCUCCUUCCAAAUAUGACACUAUGAAGAACUAUACAUUACCUUUACAAGAGAAUAACUGGGGUAGUAGUCAGAUACAGUAUGGCCAGAGAAUGCAUGAAAAUGGAUGGGCCAAGAGCUAUUCAUCUUACAGUCAAUGGGGUAACGAUCUGGAUGGUGGCCAGAGAAAACCUACUGGGAGAAGGGAUAUCUCUCCAGAAAGACAGGAAGCAUUAAUGAGAGCCUAUGAAAAGCGGAAAAAUACCACAGCAGCCAGCCUGCACUAUGCAGGCCCAAGACCAUCGAACAUGUCCACCAUACGAUACUCGCGCUCUGAGUUUGGUCACGGAACAAAACCUCGGCAAAGCACAGUCAAAAAGUCCACCCUGUCUGACCAAGAUUCAGUGUUCAUAGGCAGUACUCCCAACAGUCCGGCCGGACCCUACUACCAGAAGAGGAACAGCCAAAGUAUGGAUGACCUCCUAGAAAAGAGGCACUAUCAGACUCAAGCCGUUGGAGCAGGCGGCCAAGGGAGGUCCCAACAGAUAUCCAACAGAUUCGACACACAUUACACCAACACAAAGUAUACCACCCACCGAAAGGAGUACAUCCAGUCACCCUCAGGAGCCAGUGGGAUUGACAUGGGUGGCAAGAGGUCUGCAAUGACAGCCGCAAUGGCGGCAGUGGCAACUGGUGGAAAUGUUACAGAGCGCGAUGCUGUACACCUAGACCCACCUGUAGGUGCUGCCCAAAUGACAUCAGAGGUGCAGAUGACGCUGGAGAGAGCUGUAAGUUUGCUGCAGAACAGCACUACCUCUGCACACUGGUUGACAGCAGCAGCUAGUUACAUACAACAUGAAUGUUUCCAGAAAGCAGAGUCCAGGAAGAAGGUAUACAGUUUGAAUGCAAUUCCCAAGCUGAUUCAGCUCUUGAGCAAUAGUAAUGAGGAUGUUCAGCGAGCCGCCUGUGCUGCACUCCGCAACCUGGUUUAUGAAGACAAUGACAAUAAACUAGAGGUGUACGAGCAACGUGCCAUACCCACUCUCCUGAACCUGCUUAAGAACAGCCAGGAUCUGGAAAUAAAGAAGCAAAUUACAGGGCUAAUGUGGAACUUGUCUUCCAAUGACCAGCUGAAAGUCAUGCUAAUCCGAGAUGCUCUGCAGACCUUGACCAACAAUAUCAUUAUCCCUUGUUCUGGCUGGAGAGAUGGAGAGUAUUCCAAAAACGCGCUCAUGUCUGAUCCUGAUAUAUUUUACAAUGCGACUGGCUGUCUCAGGAACAUGAGCUCUGCUGGGCCUGAGGGCAGGAAGGCUUUGCGGGAAUGUGAUGGACUAAUUGAUUCACUGGUACAUUACAUCAGUAGAAGUGUUGCUGACUAUAAGCCUGAUGACAAGGCUACAGAGAACUGUGUGUGUAUUUUACAUAACCUGUCAUACCAGCUGGAGUCAGAGGUGCCCAGCAGAUACAGCCACAACUUUAACACACAAAACCGGAACCUGACCCGCGACGGUACAGACAUUGGUUGUUUUGGCUCACGUAGCAGGAAGCUCAAGGAGGACUGGACAGAAGUCCCUAUUGCUGAGGAAACCAGUAACCCCAAAGGGAUGGAAUGUUUAUGGAGCUCCAAACUGGUUCGGCUUUACUUAUCACUCAUUGCAAAAAGCUCUCGGAAUUACACCCAAGAGGCAUCACUGGGGUCUCUCCAGAACCUUACAGCUGGAAACGGGCUGGCACUGAUGUCACCGGGAGGAUCACAAAACCACAAAAUAAGUAUUCCAUUCUCUGUGGCUCAGACCAUCGUUCAAAAGGAGAGCGGCCUUCAACACAUCCGAAACAUGUUGUUUGUAAAUGAGCCUGGGGUAAAGAGAACAGCUGUCUCACUCCUGAGGAAUCUGUCCCGUAAUUCCUCCCUACAAAAUGAUAUUGCCAAGGAACUAAUGGCCGACCUGGUGAAAGAGCUACCAGACCGUGUACCGGACUCCAACAUCGCAAAUGAGACUUCUGCAUCUAUCUGCUACAUACUAAACAACCUGAUUUGCAAUAGCUCUAACAACGCCAAGAUGCUGUUGCAAUAUGGGGGCAUCAACAAGCUGAUAGACAUCAGCAAUAGUGACAGUGGUAUGAUCACGAAGACUGGAAAAGCAUCUUCUCUUGUGCUCUACAACCUUUGGUACCACCAGGAUCUUCACAGUGCUUACAAGAAGGCUAUGUACAAGAAGACUGAUUUUGUCAAUCCCAGGACUUCAAAGGCUCACCAUUCCCUGUGAGAAGGCCCGAUACCCUGAAGAAUUAUGACGCUUAUACAGGAGGCUUCUUUUUGUACCCCUAUUAACGGACUAAAAAAGAGACACCUGACCGCAUUACCUACAAUCCUGCUUAGUGCCUUUAACAAACAUCUUGGUUUGUUGCAUUGGAAACUUUGCUCAAUGGACUCACUGGAUUGGGAAACUCAGGACUUUAUUUGGAUUUCCCAGUUUAACCCUCUUGUUUUAGAAUUUUAACAACCCAAGAAUUUACUAGCAACAAAAUAUCCUAACUUUAAAAUUUUAUCAUUGAUAUCAUCAUUUGCUGCGACCAAAGAUCAAGUUGGUUGGUUCCCAACCAUGGUCUGCCCACCAUUGAUUACAUCUAUGAAGAUCAACACUAUGGCAUACUAUUCAACUCCUAACCACCUUGCCCAAUUAAUAUACAGGGAAAUGCUUUUAAUUUAGCAUCCUGAUAAUCUAGCAUGGCAUAACUUUGACUUUUACAAGACUGACCAAAGAACUAAUUAAGGAACCAAUAUCUAAUCUUAAGUUAACAAGUUCUUCUGGAAAGUUCUCCACAAUUACCAGUGAGUUUUUCUAUGGCCGAACGGAUAAUAAAAGUUCUUUGAUCCUUGGAUUUUGUAGGUGAACCAAGACUAAAUUCCAAAUGUGUCUUUCCAAAAAGGUAUAAAGUAUUAGCAAAUAUAAGAACAGCCUGCCAUAUGAAUGAGCAUCAAUAGAAAAUAGAGCAAGGAAUCAGGUGCAGAACCUUUUAAGAUCUGGGCACCAUCCAGGCUGUGUAAUAUCGGAAAACAGGAUAUUGUGAAGAACAUGUGCAGGAAGGUUUCGGGAGGAGGUUACUGUAGCACAUAUGUCUUGCCAUGUGAACUAUUGUAACCCACAUAUAAAUCAUGUUUAGUUCUUUUAUACUAAUGCUUAGUAUGUUUUUGUGUUUGCAAAGAGAUUUUAUGUUAGUGCAUAUGUACAUAGGCUUCAACCCAGAGCUGCAACAUGACCUUUGGGGGUAGAUUUCAGUUCAGGUUGGAUGGAGUGAACCAGUUUAGAAUUCUUCACAGGCAUCAGAACAAGGCACAGGACUGAGGGUCAUGAGGCCCUACUCUUCUACAUGGGACAGUAAUGAGAGCUACCUAACAGAUGGUACCAUGACCCAUGAAGGGGAAAAGGGGGUGUUGCUAGCAUCAAACGGGGGCCCCCUUCUCAAAUUGGUGCAUAUAAUCUCAAGAAAGUCAAUAUCUUGUUUACUGCUCCCUUACAGGAGAGGUGGACAUCAUGGCCUACGAGAAGUAAGUUGGAUCCACAAUCAGAUCAUGCCUCCUGUCUGCACAGGCCCCUGCAGCUGCCCCCAUGGCACAAAUAAUCUUGGCUGGUGGCAGUAUUUGAAUGGGCAUCUUUGGGUUGCUGAUAACACGCUAAGGUUGUAGAGCAUCGUUUAGCCUCAUCUGCCAUUGCUGCCUUAGUCUUGGAUGACUUUGUCUCCACUUGUAGGAUACUGUAGGAUAUUGUAGCUUUCAAAUGUUAUACACUUCUCAUGAUUUUGCAGCAAUGUCUUGCUCAGCGUAUCUGUAUCAUUGCUUUACUGGCAUCAUGUGCUCUAUUCAGACCUUUUUACAAAUAUAAAGAGAUAUAAAACUCAA